AUGUUACAUUAGCAAAUGCGAAAAUUAAGUUAUUAAAAACAAAAAUAAUCUUUUAAUAAUAAGUAUUUCACAUAUAAUAUCUAAUUAAUUACUUCAUAGCAGUGUCUCCAUUUAUUAAUUAGCAAUUAGCAACAAUUGGAGCAUUAUGUUCCCACAAAACUACUCCUCAGGAUAGUUUGAUGGCCAACAUCACCUAAGGCUUAAGUAAGGAAGUUGAUAAUGUUGAUGCAUAAGGGGUUAUGGCCAAGCAGCUCAUCAGCUGCUGUUUUGCAGCCAACAAUUGGGCUUUCACGUCAACCCAAAUUCCUCAAAAUCAAAGCUAGUUUUUCCAGCUACCCUCUUGCCAGCAAGAUUAUGGUUAGAAAUUUACCAUACUCUGCUGAUGAAAGUUGUCUGGAGAAGAUAUUUUCAAAUUUUGGCCAGGUGGCUGAAGUUAAGGUGGUGAAGGAUGAAGUGACCCGGAGAUCAAAAGGAUAUGCAUUUAUUCAGUACACUUGUCAAGAAAAUGCCAUGCUUGCUCUUGAUAGCAUGGAUCACAAGUACCUCAAUGGGAGGGUCAUUUUUGUGGAAAUUGCGAAGCCAACAAAUAAAGACUUUGGCAGAUACCCCAAAACUUGUGGACCACCUGAGGAAAGAUUGCCAUCUGAAAAUGAGGUUCCAGAUUUGAAAGAAAAUCGUUAAGGCUUACACCGGUGUUAGAACGUUAUUGCUAGAUGAAUGACAGCCGCAGGUACUCAUUCUGGCAACUAAUUUCUGAUGCAGCUUCUUGUGGUCUUAAUGUAAAUUCUAUUGCGGGAAAGUACAAUUUUAGGUCAUUCUGUUGGGAUUAGUUUACUUUGUCUGUCAUUGGAACCUCUGGUUUGCAUCUGUAAGUCCAGGUUUACGUUGUAUUUGUUCUCUAAGGCAUAGAAGUAGAAGAGGCUAAGCAUAUUUUGUGUCAUCUUACAAAACUCAUACUUAGAAUAAUGUAUAUUAAUAGCAUACACUUGCUUUGUCAAACUUGGGUGUAACUCGUUAGAUCAAGGUCUACUAGUAUAUCUGGCUUUUGACUUGGUGAAAAUGAACCAUGAUGUAUUGAACUCUUACAAGAAUCUAGACUAGAGAGUUGAGUAAA